CAAAAAUCAACCUUAUCCUCUUUUCAUUUCCUUGCACAAUGGGAAAGGUAAAUAAUUCAAACACUAUGAAAACGACCGCUCCUCUCUUCUUCUACGUGGCAAGGAUCAUUUCUAACCCUAAUCCCCCUUCAAUUACACCCACACAUAUAUCAUAUUAUCUCUCUCCACUAUAAACAAUUAAUAAUUGCAGCCGCAUAUCCUCUCUCUCUCUCUUAAUUCCUUCGUAAAUCAGAAAGCGUAUAUAUAUGCAUUGUUUGCUGUUAGGACUCAUCACUUUUGCUUUUAAUGGAAAUGGAAUUGGAAAGGUCUAGGCAAGUGAGGUGGGCAGAUAUGAAGAAAGAUGAGAAUUGUAAAUCCAUGGAGUCUUUGAGUGAUUCAGAGGCAUCAUCAUCUUCAUCUGAAGACGCAACAACCUCUUCACUCUUUGAAUUCGCCGACCUCAUGGCUCAACUGCCCAUCAAGAGGGGUCUGUCCAAGUACUAUGAGGGAAAAUCGGAGAGUUUUGCGUCGUUGACGAGUGUGGAGAGUGUUGAAGAUCUGGCGAAGAAGGAGAAAAGAAUGAAAUCGUGCAAGAGCUACGGAAGCAAUUUAAAUCGCCACAAAUUUAGGCCAAAGGCUACCAUUACCAAGAGAUCGUCGCCCCCCUUAACAUUUUCACCAAAGCCUACCAAUACAAUGGUUGUUAAUUGAUUCGGCUGGCUUGCCUACUCUUCUUUCUUACUAUCUAUCAAACCAUCUUUUAAUCA